AAAGAGAGCUGGUAAUGUUUAGCUUUACCUACCACUCUUAAAGCGGCACGCAUUGCCAUGAAAUCCAUAUACACGUGUCAUAAAUUUGAACUUCGCUGUCUUGGUGUGGACAUCGCAUAAGGAACAGAGAGCUGUAAUAACUCCAAACUUAGAGCAUAGCAACGCUACAUCUGAUUGAUCGAUAUGUUUCGUUCUUGGUGCAUGAUACUACUGAUUUUAGGUAUCACUGUGAGUUUUGUUUUCACGGAAGAUGAUCAUCUAAAACCUGGACACUCAGAAGAUGAACACGACGAAGACGAACACGAUGAAGAAAUGGCAGACCAUGCAGACGAACAGAAUCCGGCUGAUGAGGAAGAAACAGAGGACGAGGAAAAAGACGACGAUAAAAUGGAAGAUGACAGCGACGAUGACGAAGAAGAUGGAAGUCAAGGAGAUGAUGAAGGAGAAGAUGAGAAUGAUCAAAGUCACCUUGAACACGACGCAUUUUUAGGAGACAACUACACUGAAUUCAAAGGGCUUUCCCCCGAGGACGCAAAAACCAAACUGGCGCAACUAAUCAAAGAUGAGGUGGAUUUGAACAAGGACGGAAUGUUGACAGAGGAUGAGAUCAGGCAGCGAUUCCACGUAACUACAAAAGAAUACAGGAAAAAAGAAGUCAUGGAAACCAUGAAACAACAUGAUGACGACAAAGAUGGGAAAGUAUCAUGGGAGGAAUUCAAAAAAGGUCAUUUCUCUGAUGACGGUAAAGAUGAAGAUGCUAAAGAACAAAUGAAAGAAGAUGAAGAAAAAUUUAAGUUUGCUGAUGAAGAUGGAGAUGGAAAGUUAGACUUGGAGGAAUAUAUGGCGUUUUAUCACCCAGGGGAUAACCCAAGAAUGACGGAGUUUACCAUCGAAGAUAGCCUCAAAAAACAUGACAAGGAUAAGGAUGGUCAAAUAUCAAAGAAAGAAUUUUUAGCUACAUUCAGUGAUGUAAAUGAUGACGCCAAAGAAGAAAUGGAAAAGGAUUUUAAUAACAACUUUGAUAAGGACAAGAAUGGUAAACUAGACAAAGAAGAGAUGAAAAGCUGGCUGUUCCCUGAUGACGACUUCUCCACUGAAGAACCUAAAACACUCAUCAAAGAAGCUGAUGAAGACAAAGAUGGUCAACUCACCAUGGAUGAGAUUAUGAAAAAUUACAAAGUCUUCAUCGAGGAUGAACCUGAAGAUUCAAGCCACGAUGAAUUAUAAACUGUGACUUUUAAAUUGGGAUAAAUCUUAAUUAUUCCGGCAAAAAAUUAGUGAAGGAUUCUACAAGAUAUUGCACUUUUUGACGAGAACUCAUAGACUAAUUCAUGACGUUUAUCCUCUUAAUUCUUGUUGAUAGUUACAAUUUGGUUUUAUUUACAGCCUUAUAGUCCAAUUGUGUCUCAUCGAUGUCUCAGCGUUUCCUCGCAUCGUUCCCGAGUAUCUUUUAUCCCUAUAUCAGACAAAAAAUAAGGAAGUGGUCUGUUCUGAAAAAAAAAAAAAAAAUUAACUACCAUUGUCUUUGUUGUCAAUUUUUCUGUAGAGGAGCCCGUGUCCGUGUGCUGAUUGGACCUGAGAUUGAGUAAAUAUUAAUCAAAUGGUGAUUGCUCCAAGUCCCCGAAAGAAUAAAUCACCGAGCAAACGAACGAAUAAACUAGCGGAUGAAUCGAG